UUCGUUAUCCAGUCAAGUCUUGGAAUGAAGUGGUCGACUUUAGUUGCCUGCUUGAUUGUGUGCCUCUUGGAUCUUAAGGGUACCAAUGGGAUUUCCGUGGUUCCUUGUUCCCAAGCAGGCUCAGAUCUACAAGGCAGCUUCCUAAACGUGAAUCAGUCUCCAGUCUGCUCCUCGCAAUUAGUUCCACUGUUAACAAAUCUGUGUUCGACGUCAACACUCAACGCUCUACCCUCUUCAGCGCUCUUAUCAAUCGUCAACACGCUGACAGCAACACCCGAGCUCUUCAAAACAUUGCCACAUCCUACGCUCAUAGCCCUGUUGAGUGCUGUCUCGUCGUCGCCGACGGUGCUGAGUGAACUGUCACCAAUUUCUGUUCUUGUCUUGCUCGCCGCUGUCUCUUCCGCCAGCCCCACGUCAAUUUCCUGUGUACCACGAGACGUGCUGUUUCCGUUGUUGAGGACGUUGUCAUCUUCCGGUCUACUGCCGCCGAUUGGUUCUGUGAAAUCGGACACAGUUUUCACUCAACUACCGCCCUUGCCAGCACCGGCGCCACAAGUCAUAGUUCCCGGCCCGGCCCUUGGACCCAUGUACAUAAAUCUACCAAAAAAAUCGCCCAGACCCCCGCCCAUCAUCGUACCGACUGGACCCCCACCAUCCAUCGUCGUGUCCAUCCCACAACCGUACCCAGCACCGCCACCUUUAAUCAUGCCUUAUGGUACCCCUGGACCAAUAGUGAUUAAUGAAGGACUUAACACUGAUCCUCCAUCCACUCCAACCGAAGUAUUACCCGCCCCCGAAUCGCAAAAAAUAUUUUUUACCACACAUCCGUCAAAAGCAUGUCUCAACUCGAUCAACAGAAGACUAACCCCACAAGACUAUUAUCAAUCACAAUUUGAAAUUCCAAAAGUGUAUGCAUUGCCACCCGGUGUUUUGCCUAACCAAUAUUUCCAGAUGGCUAGAAAAGGCGCAUAA